GGCGGGGGCAGUGCAUAUCUCCAUAUUUUAUGACUGGGUUGGGGGAGGGAGGAAAAAAAAAAAAAAGGAACCAAGCAUGAUUCUGCUGUCUGUGGAUUCCUUGUGAAUUUUCAUUCCAUGUGUAUGCCUUGCUUUUGGGGCAACUGGUAAAACUGGCAACAUUAUCUAGGCUGGGCAAAGGGGGUGGUCUUGUCUGUAAGUUGGCUGACCCUACCCAAACACUCCACACGUUGAGGCUACCCUAGAUUUUAUACACGAUAAUUGAUGUUCCAAACUUAAGCAGCCUUGUAGGUAUUAAUAACUGAUAAUAUUAACAAUGAUGUUGACUCGAUUUUGUUUUUCAGUCCGUUUUUUUUUCUUUUGUAUGUACUGAAACUGUACAGAAUCUCAGCUUGUAUUCUUGAUAAUACUGAUGUCAAACUAUAUUGUAGCUGAUGUACGACGUGUAAUUUUGCCCCGGAUUGCCCAAUUGAAUUUCUGCUGCGUUUGCACUUCUAGCCGUAGCUGCAAGGCCUCGUUGUCUAAUACAGUACAGUCCCAACAUCUGGUUGUGUAUGAAAUUAAUGCAUUUUUUGUUUAUAAUUUUGGGUGCUGUACAUCUCAAUUAAGAAAGGGUAUUGUUUUAAUACUUAUUGAAUUCUGACCACUCAAUGUUCAUAUUUAUAGUGCUGCAGGAGAGCGAUUUCAAGAUGUUUUUUUGUUUUUUUCUUAACAAAUGUCUACAAAUGAAUUUAUGAAGAAAGCUUGAAAAGAAAAAGGAUGAUAAAACGACUGGGCCCUUGGGUGGUUAAUUUCCUGGUUAUAAAAGAACCUAAAACCAGCCAGUUUUCGGUUGGCCCUUUUAACGUGACCCUUUACGUUCGGACGUAUUUAAUAAUAGCGUUGAAUAUCUUACCCAGAGGAUAGUAAACGCAUUGCGUUUGUUGGGUUUCUGUGAAGAGAUGACCACAUCCUUGGAUCGGAACCAGCUGGUACCAUGUCGCCCUGUUGCCUUUUUAGCAUUGGUCUUUACAGUUAGUUUCUCGUGAAGUACAUACAACAGCUCCAGAAACUUGCCCCCGUGCAGUGACUCAACUCUGCUAUGGUUGCUCAUUGCGCUGUUGUGGGGUUUAUAACUACAAUUCAUCAUAGUAAUCGGGAGAUUUAUUUUCCUAUUUGGCUUUCAGAUUUCUUUUUUUUAUUGGACUUCAUCCAGGUCCUGUUACAGGAAAGUGAAACUGAAUUAUUUGUGAAUUGGGAAAUGUAGGCUACAGAGACGGUACUGAAGGUCGGUUUGUGAGGUGCACUGGCCUUACAAGGGCCUUGUACCCUUGAACAAGGCAAAUUGAAAAGCGUGCGAGUCGUCUAUAGGUGGCAGCAUUUCCCAAUUCUUCAGUUUGCCUCUAACAUUCAGCGCACUUCUGUGGGUGUGAAAUGAGCGCAAUACCGCAGAUUCUACCAAUACUGGUUAAACUGAUAGGUGGCGAUUCAUUUGUCAGUCAAAUACCUUGAGGGCGACUCCAGGCGUACACUUCCAUCGGGAAAUUUAUUGCGACAAUUCGGGCGAAUUUACCUGGUUGACUAGGCAACGCAUACGUUUCUCCCCUCUACUUUCUCGUUUCUGUUCGUUCAAUCUGCGUCUCUCUUCGAACGCGCGAUUAAUGACACGUUGUUGAUGACCAGGCGAGAACCUUAAUUAUCUGGAAUAAAUCUGGCAGCUAGCCUAGUUUUACACGUUGAACGAUUGUUAUUUAUUUCCUUCUAAAUAUCAAUCACUUGGUACGUUCCGAGAGACGAGGGCUCUCGCAUUCUAGUCAAACGCUUUGUAGAUUGCGCCCUCUUCGGUUUAAGCCUAGCAUUUUAAGUAGGGUGACGCAACCGAGCGAAAUUCAGACGGAAAAAAUAGGCUGUGUUGUCUCACCACCGACGAUUGCAGAUUGACGUAAAUUCGUAACCCGUUAUAGCCUACGUUGCCAUAAUCUUUAGGCCCUAUCUGCAAAAUAUAGCAUACAGAACUACGCGGAACGGGUAAUAAAAAGUAUAGCGAAGUAUCGCGUCCAUUUUAAUUACCGUAAAGCAUUGCUAAAACUGCCACACGCAGUAAAAUUGAGUGAGCGACGCGCCUGGUCGUAUAUGAUGUCACCCCACAGGCACAAGAAGAGGGGAAGGUGUAACUAGCCUCGCGCGGCUUCCACUCUGGAAGGAUUCGGCAUAAUAGAUUACAGGAGUAUGGGGAAAUGUUAUCUACCACUAUACAGUUGUAGGCUAUGCGUUAUAGUCUGUGUCCGCCAUUUCGAAAGUUAAUCGAAAAUUACUUUUUUUUUUUUUUCAAAGUAAGUAAGUAGCCUAUAGCAACGAUACAAGUUACCAUUACCUGAAGUUCGUUUGCGUCGACAUGGUAACGUGCUUUGGGGGUUUUCCCAAACUGACGUAAGGGGAUUUCCACUAUUGCAGAUCAACCCACUUGAAAACCAAACGUAGAACGAAUCGAGAAGGAAUUAGCAAAACAUAUUAAGUGCGAACGUACUUAUAGGUAUAGGUUUACUGCCCUUCGACGAUAGUCACAGUCUCUGGUUAGUUGGUUGGCAUGGCUGACGUCUGGAAGAAAUAAACGAACACCGCCUACAAAUCCUUGUUUAUAGUCUACACUAGACCGAUCCUUAAAGAGUAGAUUAGAGAAACUGGCCGACACCAGACAAAGGAAAAUACUCUAUCGUUUUAAACCAUACGAGACCAUGACCGAUACAGUCUUGUAUCAAUCGAGUUGAAUUUCAAUUUUUCUUCGUCGUCCAUUGUGGCGCUCAAUAACAACGCGACUUGCUGAUUCGCCGAGAAGGACUAAUACGAAGUUGCAUUGGUGUUGAAGAAGUACAAAGAAACAAUGAUAAAAAUGAGCACCAGGGAUCCUACGCAUGGCACUGCAGAUCUCUCGGAAUUAGAUUUGAUCGAUGAGUAUGUGGCAGAGAACACAGCGAGGGAUCAGGCCAGCCAGCCCCUCAGGUUGCCGGGCCCGCCCCCUCCUCCCCAGGACUCGAAUCUGCUGGAGCUGAGUGUGACCCCCCGGCGCAGAACUCCCCGUCCCGAGGUGCUGGUGUCCCGAGGAACAGCGCCCCAAGUGCCGUUGUCUCAACCGCAGCUCGGCGUCCUCAGCAGCAGCAGCAUGACAUCACCCGUCUCCCACCCCCGCUACCCGGGGUCGUCCCGGCAGACCAGGGGGUCCCGGGCAGUGGGCCCCACCGCGGCGGUGCCAGCAGGCGGGUCGACCCAGCAGCAGCACCUGUCAGAGACGCGGUUCCUGGAGCGGUUCCUGGAGGCCCCGGUGCUGGAGAUCGUGGAGCAGCCCAAAGAGAGGGGCAUGAGGUUCCGCUACGAGUGCGAGGGCCGCUCGGCCGGGAGCAUCCUGGGGGCCUCCAGCACCGACUCCCACAAGACCCUCCCCGGCAUUGAGAUUAAAGGGUGCAAACCAAAAGCAAAGGAAAUAAAGGUCACUGUAUCCUUGGUAACCAAAGACAUCCCACAUCGCCCUCACCCCCACAGCCUUGUGGGUAAGGACUGUGCUGACGGAAUCUGUGUCAUCCGCCUGAACCCCUGCAGGACCUGUCGGCACAGUUUCUCUAACCUGGGAAUCCAAUGUGUGAGACGCAAGGAGCUAGAGAUGGCUCUGGAAAAGAGAAGGAACCAGCACAUUGAUCCAUUUAACACCGGCCAUUCAAGGAGCAUCGAGGACAUCGACAUGAACGUGGUGCGGCUCUGUUUCCAGUGUGAGGUGGAGAUGGAGAACAGGGAGAGGAUUCUGAUGAAUCCUGUGGUGUCCAAUGCCAUCUAUGACAAGAAAGCGACCACCACAUCAGAGCUGAAGAUCAAUCGGCUAAAUGUGGACAGAGGGCCCUGUACCGGGAAGACAGAGAUAUACCUCCUGUGUGACAAAGUGCAGAAAGACGACAUCGAGAUCAUCUUCAGCUUGGGGAAGUGGGAGGCCAAGGCCGAGUUCGCCCAGACGGACGUCCACCGUCAGAUCGCCAUCGUCUUCAAGUCGCCCCCGUACCAGGAGCAGAACAUCGACGAGGAGGUGGAGGUCAAAGUGUUCCUGCGACGUCUGUCUGACCACAUGGACAGUGAGCCCGUCAGCUUCACCUACGAGCCCCAAAACCCAGACCCAUAUGAAGUAAAUCGGAAGAGGAAAAUCAAAUCCGAUAUGAAGUUUGCUGACAGGUGCAGUAUUGCAGCGCCAAGCGAGGUUCUCCAUGAGUCACCACCUCCGCUCCCGUUCCCCCAGCACCCCUUCGUCUCCUCGGACCUGGCACAGGGGAUGGAGGAGAUGCACUGCCCCUCCACCUCCCAGGGCGUCAAGCAGGAGGAUAUCCUCCUCUCCGGCCUGGACCCAGUAGACUUCCAGGCCAUCCUAGAGCUCCUGCCUCUCAGCUACGGGUACCACGGCGCUGGCCUACCCGCCACCGUCGGCCAGGACCCCAACUCCAACUACAGCCUGCUGGACAUGGACUUCAACUGCAACAUGGGCGACGGGAGGAUGCAGGGCGACGGCAGGAUGCAGGGGGAUAUGAAUUUCUACAACGACGUGCACAUGAACCCCCGCAGCCUGCUGGAGGAACUUGAUGGCCCCACUGUCCAGCCCGUGUGCCCGUGCGAUAACGCUGACUCCGCCCUGGACCCCCCCAUGAAGAUGGAGAGCCACAUAGAUCUCUGAGGGUCGGGAAGGGGGCGACUGGCAGGCGAGCGCCGAGAGAAACGCAGGUCCGAAUCUUCACUUCGUCAUUAUUCCAAUUAGACACAAGUGCCGUGUUCAUCAACCGCCUAUUGGUCUUCCUCAGAAAAAGGACGCUGCCAUCGGCAUCCUGGCUGUAUUAGGAACCGACAAGAGACUGACCGGACAACUGGUCAAUGCAUUGCCUAAGCAGUGUUGCGGCUGCUGACGUUGACUUGACUGUGCUUAAAAACCCUGGCUUGUACCAGAGAAAAUGUGAACAGCGGUGUUCUGUCAGAUCUUCAGUGACAAAUCUGCUUCAUUGUGAAUGGCCGGCUCGUUCACGCAGGGGGCAGUGUUGAAGCAAAGAGUGGGACUCUCCGGAAAAAUCCAUCCACCGGACUGCUGCUUAAGAACGGCAACGGCAAACUGCCACUGAUGGACAGUGUGGAUGGAUGCAAGGUAGCCAGAAAUACCCAGUGUAACCAAUCAGCCUCAUACUGUAGCUCUUAAAAAGGGAAUCCAGUUGCCUAGCAACCAACACACCCACUACACAAUACCAUCGGUCACGUCUCAGGGUCAUGUGGUUCAGGCCUCCCCCGAUUGGACGAUGUGCUUUUGAAGUUAACCGAAAGGGGGGAAAUCCAGACGCCCCGCACCUGAAACCUCCCUGUGGCCGGUUGUUCCAUUUCAGAGUAGCCCACCAUCUUGUACUGCUGUGAAGAGUCUCUUGGCUUGAGCGAACACCCACCAGAGAUAAAAACAAAUUAUGUAAAAUGCAAUAUGAAAGAUUCCCAGAAUUGUCUAUACAUUCCAAUAAUAGUUGACUAGAGAUAAGAUAUGCUUUUAGUAAUUGUAAAUAAAGUUCGUCAUAGUGAUAGUGUUCAUCAGCGAUGUAGGUACAGUAGCAUUCAUCCUGACAAUAUGAUGUGUUCAUAAAAUUCUAAUACAGCAAUUUGGCCAUUUUGAAACGGCACUGACAACAUUUUGCAUGCUGGCAGAAGCGUGCUGAGCACUUAAAAUCUUUCCUUCUUAUUUUCCUUGUCUGCGAUACAUUUCUAGUCCACUCAUGUGCCUAAACUAGAUUUCUUUAAUAAAGCAAAUGAAUGCAAA